AUGCAGAGCACAAGUGCACAUGAGAACACUGACUUUCCUCCUCCCGAGGAGCAGAAUUGUGGAGCUACUGCAGCAUGUGUGAGACGAGAUCCACAUGUACCAGCAUCAAGGAACAGUCCAGCAAAGAGAGAUUACCUGAUAGUCGCUGUGCUGUGCUAUGCAAACCUCAUAAAUUUCAUGGACUGGUUUAUUGUACCAGGGAUCCUGUUAGAUAUACAGAAAUACUUUGAGCUGAGCGACGGGGCUGCAGGCCUUCUGCAAACGGUUUUCAUCCUGUGUUACAUGCUGGCUGCUCCCUUCUUUGGAUACCUUGGUGACAGAUACAACAGGAAAGUCAUCCUUGGAGCUGGUAUUUUCUUCUGGUCUGCUGUAACGUUAGGAACUUCAUUCAUCAGUGAAUCAUAUUGCUGGAUAUUCUUUCUUUCACGAGGACUGGUUGGCAUCGGCACAGCCUGUUACUCCACAGUAGCGCCCACCAUCAUUGCAGAUCGCUUUGACGAGGGAAGAAGGACCACAAUGUUGUCUGUCUUCUAUAUCUGCAUCCCAGUGGGAAGUGGUCUUGGUUACGUCCUGGCAUCCAGCAUGGCACAUGUCACAGGUGACUGGCACUGGGCCUUCAGGGUUACUCCUUGCAUGGGAGGUCUGGCACUGGUUCUUCUGAUUCUGCUGGUCCCUCACAGGAUCCAGAGAAGGACAGAGGCACACAGAGCACUGAGCAUCCACGGCUCUAUUCGAGUAGCAGCUGAAAAACCCGGUGCACAGGGAGCUGCCAAGACUUCCUGGUGUCAAGAUGUCUUAUCGCUUGGCAAGAAUUGGAGCUUUGUCUGGUCCUCGCUGGGUCUGACUGCCAUGGCCUUCGUCACCGGAGCGCUGGGUCUGUGGGUGCCCAUGUUCCUUUACAGGGCUCAGGUUGCCCUGGGUGUUGUGCAGCAGUGCCUGGAUAAAUCAUGCAAUUCAUCUAACAGCCUAAUAUUCGGAGGCAUCACCAUUGGGACGGGAAUCCUGGGUGUCAUUGCUGGGGCAGAAGCUGCAAGAAGACUUAGGAAAACCAACAGCAGAGCUGAUCCUCUGAUCUGUGCCACAAGCAUGUUUGUUUCUUCUCUGUGCCUCUACACUGCAAUCAUGGUGGCCCAGAAGAACAUCCUUUCCACUUUUAUUUUUAUUGCAUUUGGAGAACUGUUUCUAUCUGUCAACUGGGCUGUUGUGACAGACAUACUGCUGUACGUCGUGACACCAAGACGGCAGUCUACAGCUAUUGCCCUGCAGAUCUUGGUGAGCCACUUGCUGGGAGAUGCAGGCAGCCCAUACCUUAUUGGGAUGAUCUCCAAUGCUAUUCAAGCCAAGAAAGAUCAGUCAUUGCAGUGGAGUUUCUGCAGCCUGCAGUACAGCUUCAUCAUCUGUGUUUUUGUUGGUGUUUUUGGAGGAGGUUUUUUCUUCCUGACAUCCUUCUACAUCGAGGAGGAUCGUAAGGAAGCAGAGCAGCUUUGAUGUUCCUGUGUAUCCUUUACACCUGUACCUGAUUUCUUUUCUAAUGUAUGCAAGCCAUGACACUGACUCCUAAAAGUUGAAACACCAAUUGAUGUACUCUGGUAAUGCUACAAUAGUUUCUAUAAAUAAAAAAAAAACAAAAUUCCACCAAAGCCUCAGAUUAAACAAAUCUCACAUUUUGAGUGAAACUGACUUCACAGAACACACAGAGACCACAGGAGUGAUGUUACAGCCCCCUUCAAAUGCUACAGAACACGAGGUAACAGAAGAGCUUUACAGCUACACACAGCUGAAGCCUUCAUGGAACCCUGCCCUUAGUGGCCUGAGCAGUGCAGACUGUUCAAGGACUUCUCAGCUUCUUGUGCUGCUCUGGCAGCAAGUGAGUGGAGGUGAAUGAGGAGCUGGAAGGGAAUGCAGGCAGAGCAGCUGGCCCAGACUGACCACAGAGACUGUGACAUCCUGCAGAACAGCAAAACCUGGGGGGAGUUGGGCUUUGGUUGGCUGGUAGUGAGCAAAUGCAUCGUGCAUCACAUCCUCAUCCCAACAUGAGUUCUGCACUUUCACCCCUUUCAGUUUUCUCCCUGAUUACACUGUGGGAUGAUGCGUAAAUGGUUGUUUGGUGCUUAACUCCCCCCUGGGUUAAACCACAACAAUUUAAUAUGUUAAAUGGUCUAUAAUCCUCUAUAAUCCUUUGAGGCUCUUCAGCAUAUCCUCAAGCUUUGAGUAAGUGUCUCCUCAUAUGAGUGAAUAGUGGUAGCUCUAAAAUCACAUAAAUAUAACUGUCCAUUUGAAGUCUUAUCUCUAAAGUGCAUAAGAAAUCGGUCCUGAGAUCUACGGUCACAGUAUUACACUAAGUGCCAAAUAUGCCAUGAUUAACAUGGCCAGCUUUCAUUGAGGCAUUGCAUUAGCCCAAGAAAAGCAGCAAAGAAUGGUACCAGUUUGAGUAGCAGAUAGACUUGCAAAGCUAAAAGCAACGCAAAGUAAAUCAAACACCAAAUAAAUACAAUGAUGACCAGCAGAAGUAUGAUGACUUUACUGCUGGAAAUGAAAGUGCUGUGAAUAAUUAGCCACCUCUGACCCAGGAGAACACUGACUUCAUUUGCAGCACAAAACUGAUUGCAAAUGGUGUUGGGGAGGAAAAUAAAGCUAUGAGUUGGUGUUCAUUUGUCAUGAUAGCAGCAAUGACUGGCUUCAUGGAAGAGCUGCACUAGGUAAUAUUUCCUCUUGCACUGAACCUAGAAUCCUGGAACUACAGAAUAUACUGAGUUGGAAAUGACCAAUAAGGAUCAUGGAGUUCAACUCCCAAUGCAACCAGAGCAAGUAUAUUGGAUCUAUAUGACUUGCAUCACAUCAGGAUAUCGUGAACCCCCCAAACUUUUCUCCCUUCACAAUUGAAAUGCUGCCUUAUAAUGAAUAUGUGUUUGUGAGCUUUCAGAGUAGGGGUUGAAUGAGACUUUGAAUGUCAGGAUGCUUCUGUAGCCAACUCUUCCCUUUGGAUAUUUCUUGCUCACCAGCAGAUGGUACUUGUUGGCCUGCACUGUCAGAAUUAGGCCCUCACCAAGCUCCUGUGCUCAUUACGUGCAGGCUGCUCUCAGAGUGGGUAGGACAGGGAAUAGAAUAACAUAUAAAAGAAGCAGACGGCACAGCAGGAAGCAGGCUGAAAGCUCAACAUGUACCAGUGUGCUUUGGAGGGCUGCCUGCUGACUAUUGAAUAGCCAAUCUAGGCAUAGGAGGGAGGGCCCACUCCCUGCUUCUCCAGAGCAUUUAUUUAAGUCAAAUGCAUCUAAAGAAUGAAGUUGGAUGGAAAUACCUCCUGUUUCUUUAUGACGUGCUUAUCUGAGCCUGCCUCUGCUUUCUCUGCUGCAGAAGCUGCUCUGCCAGAAUUGCACCACAUUGUUGUAAGCUCACUUUGUCUCACACAAACAAAACCUAUGUGUGUUGUGUGCCUCUAUCUUGCUUUGUGAAUAGGGGAAAGAUGCAGCACAGUGCAAGGUGAAUCUACUCUCAACUCUGGUGUACUACAGAAUUUGCUCUAAGUGUUUAACAUUUUACAUUGCUAGAAAAAUGGGUGCCUGUGCUACAAUCACAAAACGAGGCUCCUUUUGUUGUGGGAGAGAGAAGCAACUACCUUGAGAGAGCGAGUCCUUCAGGUACCUGGCAGUGUUCUAUCACUGGCAGCAGCUGGCACACGCAGCAGCACAAGAACUGAAGAGGUCAUGGGAAAUGCUGGGAAGCUUUAUUUAUCUGGUCAGGCAAGCACCCAAAGCUGGCCUUGCAUUUGCCUGCUCAGCAGUACCAGUGUAGAAGCAGCACCAAUCAGGGACACCAGAUGCCCUUCACUGACAUCUAG